AUGGCAAACAUAUCGAUCAGUGCUCCUGGCCUCAACGGCGGUGGGUUUCUUUACAAUAACGGCAACAACAAUGCACGAUUAUGCAUCACAGCCGAGUCCGACGACUUCGACAUGGAGAUUAUCAAGAGCUGGCAAGACGAAGGAUUCGACGUGGUCUACCUGCCAUUCAAUAAUGGAGGGAAAGAAUACGGUCGCCGGCUGCAGUCCGUGAAGGAGGGUCUCGGGGUAGGCGAAAAUUACGCAGUGAUCGCCUACGGUGACGCUGCAGACUAUUGUCUUGAUUACUAUAUAAAUUCCGUCAAUGCUAGUCGACUAUGCGCUCUGGUUGCCUACUACCCCAGCCUGAUCCCCGACACGCGAUCGCGAUUCCCCCUUUCGCUCCAGGUCCUGGUGCACUUGGCAGGUGACAGCGUGGAUGUUCUUGUACAGCCCGUCGCACUCGGAAUACAGGGGAAGAAGCGCCGCCAGACACGGCCUAUCAACGCUGGUAUCGGGACUGGAGAGCGGCUGGAUCUGGCCUAUCCAGCGUUCACAUACGAUAAUGCUGUGCCUGGGUUCGCAGAGACGGACUUGGAGGAAUAUGAUCACUUGUCGGCGAGUCUGGCCUUUACGCGGACUUUGAAAGUCUUGCGAAAGGGCUAUUCGCGGGAUCCGGAUUUCGAGCAGCGGUUAGAGCAGCAUGUGGAGGCCAAAUUUUUCUCGUCGGACAUCAAAAAGACGAUGGACGCUUAUGUCCAACACAAGACCCCCGGAGUCACUUAUACGCCGACUAUCAGUGGCGGAAUCGGGAAAAAGCCACUGCGCCAAUUCUAUGAGCAGUACUUCAUCGGCAAGCUGCCUCCGUCCAUGCGCCUCCGGCUGCUAUCACGCACCACAGGACCCGAUCGCAUUGUGGACGAGCUGUACGUGAGCUUUGAGCACACACAAGAGGUUCCGUGGAUGCUCCCGGGCGUCCCAGCGACGAACAAGCGAGUCGAGAUCAUCUUAGUCAGUAUUGUAAGCUUGCGCGCUGGGCGUCUUUACUCCGAACACGUUUAUUGGGACCAAGCCAGCGUCCUCGUCCAAGUUGGUCUUCUAGACCCCAAGCUGUUGCCACCCGGAGUCCAGGGUGUCGACCGAUUGCCAGUUGUCGGGCGGGAAGCUGCUCGUCGCAUCCUCCACGAGGAUACAGAAGUUGAGCAGGUAGAUUACCAUAACAAAAUGAUUCGUCGCGCCCGUGCGCGAGCGAGAAGAAACCUGAACCGGAGCUCGCGUGCUUCACAGGUCGGCGAAGAGUCUGGUGCUGACCUGAAGAGUGAGGCGGAACAGUCCUUGCCGGAUAGGAGCCGGAACAAGGGCAAGACAGUCCAGGAGGCAAAACCUGCGGGUCUGCAGCGCACGGCGACGGAAGUAUCUUCAGCUGCAUAUGUGGAGGAUGGCGCUGAGACGGAGACAGAGUCUGGUGCUCAACCCAAGUCUGAGCAGACUUGA